UCGUGUCAAUUAAGCGCCACGAACGUGUAGCGUCCUGCGCCGUACGAUCCCACGGAGCCUAUAUUUUGCACUUUCCCAAACCAAAAGCUACCCUGUCAUCAGCGAGUUAAUCGCUCCCCGCUGCUGUUAAUUACCGCGGCGAUCGAACCAAGCGUCAAUUUCAAUUCCCCCCUCGGCCCGUCUCUCCUCCCAAGAAUUCACAAUCGCGAAUCCAAUCUCAGCGACGAAACCUUUCUUCCUCCGCAAUCCAAAUUCCAAUGGCGGCCGCCGCCAUCGCCCACCUCCGACACGGCGCGAGGCGCCACGCGCUCCUAUGCCUCUUGCUCUCGCGCCGCCGCUUCUCCUCCUCCGCCGCCGCGGUUUCCCCGCUCACUGCGGCCGCGCGGCGCCUCCUCUCCACGACGGCCGACUCCGCCACGUCCUCAUCCGGGGAGCGCUACAAGCCCCCGCCCUUCGACCCGUUCCGCGCCGCCACUCUAUCGCCCUCGGCCCCGCCGCUUGAGUCGCCCCCGAGCAGCCCGCCGCCACCGGAGGAGGCGGCCGCGUCCGAGGCGGCGCACGAGCAGGCGACGCUGGCGUGCCAGGAGGUGGAGCUGGAGGGCCUGAAGGCAGGGGUGGAGGCGGUGAGGAGAAGGGAGGGGUCGUCGGAGGAGAAGGAGGCGUGGUGGCUGCUCGGCCGCGCAGUCGUCAACUACUGCGGUAGCGCCGUCGGGACGGUGGCGGCGAACGACCCGUCCACGUCUAACCAGCUCAAUUACGACCAGGUGUUCAUCAGGGACUUCGUGCCGUCGGCCAUCGCGUUCCUUCUCAAGGGGGAGAGCGAUAUCGUGAAGAACUUCCUGCUCCACACCUUGCAGCUCCAGAGUUGGGAGAAGACAGUGGAUUGCUAUAGUCCUGGUCAGGGGUUGAUGCCUGCUAGUUUCAAAGUUAGAUCCGUGCCUUUAGAUGGAAACAGUGAAGCAUUUGAGGAGGUCCUCGAUCCUGAUUUUGGAGAGUCAGCCAUUGGACGUGUAGCGCCAGUUGACUCUGGUCUUUGGUGGAUAAUCCUGUUGAGGGCAUAUGGCAAAAUUACUGGAGACUUUGCUCUGCAAGAAAGGGUUGAUGUGCAAACAGGCAUCAGAUUAAUCCUGAAUUUAUGCUUGUCUGAUGGAUUUGACAUGUUUCCUACAUUGCUAGUAACUGAUGGAUCAUGUAUGAUUGAUCGGCGGAUGGGAAUCCAUGGGCAUCCUCUUGAAAUCCAGGCUCUGUUCUAUUCUGCUGUGCGCUGUGCCCGUGAAAUGAUCGGUGUUAAUGAUGGAUCGAAGAACCUGAUCCGUGCUAUCAACAACAGGCUCAGUGCUUUAUCAUUUCACAUCAGAGAGUAUUAUUGGGUUGAUAUGAAGAAGAUAAAUGAAAUUUAUCGCUACAAGACUGAAGAGUACUCCUAUGAUGCUAUUAAUAAGUUCAACAUCUACCCAGAGCAGAUUCCUUCUUGGCUUGCAGACUGGAUUCCUGAGAAAGGUGGUUACCUUAUAGGCAAUCUACAGCCAGCUCACAUGGAUUUUAGGUUUUUUUCUCUUGGGAAUCUCUGGGCGAUUGUCUCAUCUCUUGCUACUCAAAGGCAAGCAGAGGGUAUUCUGAACCUCAUUGAAGCCAAAUGGGAUGACAUAGUAGCAAAUAUGCCUCUCAAGAUAUGCUACCCUGCACUAGAGAAUGAGGAGUGGCGUAUCAUUACCGGCAGUGACCCCAAAAACACGCCCUGGUCGUAUCACAAUGGUGGUUCUUGGCCUACAUUGUUAUGGCAGUUCACCCUAGCAUGUAUCAAGAUGGGUAGGCGUGACUUAGCAUUGAGGGCUGUUGAAGUGGCAGAAAAGAGGCUCUCAAAUGACAAGUGGCCGGAAUAUUAUGACACCAGGACAGGAAGGUUUAUUGGGAAACAAUCACGGCUAUAUCAAACCUGGACCAUUGCAGGAUAUCUUAGCUCCAAAAUGUUAUUGGACUGUCCCGAGAUGGCAUCAAUACUUAUAUGUGAGGAAGACUUCGAGCUAUUGGAAGGGUGUGCUUGCAGCGUGAACAAGAGCGCUCGCAUCAAAUGCUCGCGUCGUGCGGCCAAGUCGCAGGUCCUUGUGUAGUUACAUGCCUGUUCUUGACCACAAAGAACUGCACUGCUCCGUCAAUUUUGUCGGACUUUUCGUCACAGAGUUGGCACCAGUUGCUUCAUUAGGAUGACAACCGACCACCUAAGCCGGUUAUUUUGGCGAGUUUGUGGUUAAUUAAUUCAUACAAGAGUAUACAUUGUUGUAUGUACAUUUUACUUAAUCAAGAGUUCAUUAUGUACUGUGCCAAAAUCAAGAGUUCAUUAUGUACUGUGCCAAUUAAACGAAGUUGAUUGGCAGCGUUGUAAACAGACAGCAUGUAAAUAUCACCACUUGUUAAAGAUCUGCAUUGAGAAAUACAAGGCGAUAUCUUGCA